UAGCAGUACUAGCAGACGUGUCAUGGUAAAAGAAAACAGAGACGACAUUUACAAACUGCAACUACCGCCUCUCUCUCUCCUCCUCAGUCAUCCCCUUCUGUCGGUUUGAUCUGAAUGAUUCUACCACCGGGAAACGCAGGAACCUAUGUUUCUCUUCUCACCUCUCUCGUUCGCAGUUUUUUCUUUUCUGCAACUGUGUCUUGCUAUCUCUCUUCAGGUUCUUUGAAUUUUUAGGUGAAACAGGGUAGAGUGGAUACGGGUAUUAUUCAUUUCAGAUCGAUUUCGUUCACCUUUUGGAGCUAUCAAAAUUUUUACAAACAUGCAGAGAUUGAAUUGUAUGCAUUAAUUCUAAGUUGCUGAAGCUUUCCAAAUUUGGUUUGGAAAUUUGUGCGGCUGAUAUUGACUGUGGUUUUGGGUUCUAAGCUCGGCCCCACUCGAGAGAAAUUCCAGUGGCUGGCUGCCAGCUAUGUAUGCAGUAAAAACCAAAUAGUUAUACGCAUACAUACAAAUAUACAUACGUGUAUAUAACAUACACGCACACAUACAUACAAUGCAUGUGCGUGUAGCCCACUGCGUUGUUUUAACUUGUUUUCCAAUUUUGGGUUUGGAGUUUAUGGUAAAAGUAGCAGCUUUCUCUGAGACUGUUGGGUAGGUUGUUGGAAAUAAUUACAAAUUCAAUUUGAAUUGGUUAAAGUAAUUGGCCUGCUGGUCCCUGAAUUGGAUUAUUGGAUUUUCUUCUCUACAAGCUAAGCUAUAUUUUGAGGGAUAAUCAGAAUCAGCUUUCCAGCCUUGAAAGAAAAUAGCUUCUGGGAAUCUGGGAUGGAGAUUGAUGAAGACGAAAAUGAAACUAAGGGAGGGAUGUGGGUUUUGGACCAGAAGCUUGAUCAGCCUAUGGAUGAAGAGGCUGGAAGAAUAAGAAACAUGUAUAGAGAAAAGAAAUUUUCAACUAUGUUGCUAUUGCGGCUUGCAUUUCAGAGCCUGGGAGUAGUGUAUGGAGACCUGGGGACAUCUCCCUUAUAUGUGUUUUACAAUACAUUUCCUCGAGGAAUUAAAGAUACCGAGGAUGUUAUUGGUGCACUUUCGUUGAUUAUAUACUCACUAACCCUUGUACCAUUGCUCAAGUAUGUUUUCGUAGUGUGUAGGGCGAAUGACAAUGGCCAAGGUGGAACGUUUGCUCUUUAUUCCUUACUAUGUCGACAUGCUAAGAUAAAAACAAUUCCCAACCAACAUCGGACGGAUGAGGAUCUAACGACUUAUAGCCGUAACACAUUCCAAGAGCAUUCAUUUGCUGCAAAAACGAAGAGAUGGCUGGAGGCUUAUGCGUUCAGAAAGAAUGCACUGCUUAUUCUUGUCCUUGUUGGUACUUGCAUGCUAAUUGGCGAUGGAAUUCUUACUCCUGCAAUAUCAGUUCUUUCAGCUUCUGGUGGGAUCAAGGUUGACCAUCCAAAGAUGAGCAAUGACGUAGUUGUGCUUGUUGCUGUGUUUAUAUUAGUUGGUCUGUUUAGCAUGCAACAUUACGGUACAGACAAGGUUGGUUGGAUGUUUGCUCCAGUUGUACUGCUCUGGUUUCUUAUUAUAGGAGGUAUUGGCGUUUUCAACAUCUGGAAAUAUGAUACCUCGGUUCUCAAGGCCUUUUCCCCUCUAUACAUAUAUCGCUAUUUGAGAAGGGGGCGUAAAGAGGCUUGGAUAUCACUUGGAGGGAUCAUGCUCAGUAUCACAGGGACAGAAGCACUUUUUGCAGACCUUGCUCAUUUUCCCGUCUCUGCAGUUCAGCUUGCUUUCACAGUUAUUGUAUUCCCCUGCCUUCUUUUGGCCUACAUUGGACAAGCAGCCUACCUCAUGCAACAUAAACAUCAUGUUGCAGAAGCAUUCUAUCGUUCUAUACCAGAGAGCAUAUAUUGGCCGGUUUUUGUGAUUGCUACUUUAGCUGCUAUUGUGGCCAGUCAAGCCACCAUAUCUGCUACUUUUUCAAUAAUCAAGCAAGCAUUAGCGUUAGGCUGUUUUCCAAGGGUGAAGGUUGUGCAUACGUCAAAGAAGUUCCUUGGACAAAUAUAUAUUCCAGAUAUCAAUUGGAUCCUUAUGAUACUCUGCAUUUCUGUGACAGCUGGUUUCAAAAAUCAAAGCCAAAUUGGCAAUGCCUAUGGGACAGCAGUUGUGAUUGUGAUGCUGGUCACCACACUUCUGAUGAUCUUGAUAAUGCUGCUUGUCUGGCACUGCCAUUGGAUUCUUGUUGUAAUCUUCACGUGCUUAUCUCUCGUGGUGGAGUGUACAUACUUCUCUGCCACACUUUUUAAGGUUGAUCAGGGCGGUUGGGUACCACUUGUGAUUGCUGCUGCUUUUCUUGUCAUCAUGUAUGUGUGGCACUAUGGCACAGUGAAGCGCUAUGAAUUCGAGAUGCACAGCAAGGUAUCAAUGGCAUGGAUUGUCGGGCUUGGCCCGAGCUUAGGUCUAGUUCGCGUGCCAGGGAUAGGGCUCGUUUACACCGAACUAGCGGGUGGAGUGCCACACAUUUUCUCGCACUUCAUCACAAAUUUACCAGCUAUUCAUUCAGUAGUUGUGUUCGUUUGUGUGAAGUACCUCCCGGUGUACACAGUUCCAGAAGACGAGCGAUUCCUGGUGAAAAGGAUCGGGCCAAGGAAUUUUCGCAUGUUCAGAUGUGUAGCAAGGUAUGGUUACAAAGACCUUCACAAAAAAGAUGACGAGUUUGAGAAAAAACUGUUUGACAGCCUUUUUGUGUUUGUUCGGCUCGAGUCCAUGAUGGAGGGCUGCUCAGACUCUGAUGAUUACAGCAGCUUGUAUGGAGAUGGAGGAGGACAACAAACGCAGCGAUCCUCGAAAGAUUUCCUUUUGAACAGCAGCAAUACAGUGACUAUGGACGACAGCAUUGUACCCGUGAAGUCUCCUCAGCACGCGAGCAACACAACAUCGUCCUCGGGCUACAAGACGACCAUCCAAACCGAAAUGGACGAGCUCGAGUUCUUGAAUAAAUGUAGAGAUGCUGGGGUGGUGCACAUUCUUGGGAACACAGUGAUUAGAGCAAGCAGGGAGUCGAGGUUCUAUAAGAAAAUCGCCAUCGAUUAUAUAUAUGCAUUUCUGAGGAAAAUAUGUAGGGAGAAUAGUGUGAUUUUUAAUGUACCUCAUGAGAGCCUGUUGAAUGUUGGACAGAUUUUCUAUGUAUAAAUUCUUUUGCCCCAUCUCAUCUGUAACAAUUUUUAACUCCAUCGAUCUUCAACAAAUUCAUGUCCAUCUUAUCUU